AAUAUAAAAAAUUAAAUAAUUGAAAAUAGAAAUCAAGAACAACAAAUUAAAAGUGGAAAAGACACACAUAAAGAGAGCAACAAAAAUAACAACCCCAAAAGAAAACGAAAGGCAAACAUUCAAAAUUAAGAAGUUAACAUAAUGUUAAGUUCGUUGGAUGCUUUGGCUAGUAAAAUAUCACCUGGCUCAGGAAAUAAUUCUCCGUCCCAGCAGCAGCAACAACAGCAACAAAGUCAGUCCGCACAGGUUCAACAAACAUUGUCACGUUCCAUUCUGCGAAGUCCUUUGUAUCAGACAGAUCUGAAGCCAGACAUACACGAUUGCCCAGACAGCCAGUCGAAUCAGUCAUUACGUUUAAACGGCAAUCAAACCCACCACCCUCACAGCAAUCACCACCAUCAUCAGCAGCAUCAUCAUCACAACAAUGGCCUCGAUAGCAAUGGCAACAAAUUAUGCCACAUCACUCACAAUUCCAUACAUCCCUAUCACAAACAACCGAAUUCGCCGAACAAUGGUAGCAGUCAACAAUAUCACCACCAGCCGCAGCAUCAGCAACACCACAGUCACCAGCAUCAAUCCCACCACAAUCACCUGCUGCAGCAGGCCAAAUUGGCCAACUACCAGCAAUCAUCGUCGAAUUCAUCGCCACCCACCACACCAUUGCCGUUAUCCUCAUUAUCACCCCAAGAGUGUGCCCAGCAACGACAGCAGCAGCAUGAACUUUUUCAGCAGCAGUUGCAGCAGCAGCAGCAACAACAACAGCAACUACAGCAGCAACGACUCCAGCAGCAGUCAUCAGCAUCGGUUGCAUCGCCUCCCAUGUCACCGCCCACACCAACGUCCCAGUCUUAUGACGAAAAUGAUUCCCAGCAUGAAUUUGGCAGUUGUCUGAAGGAAAAUGCCUUUGGUAUGAGUGACAAAAGCAGUACCACCAACAGCCUACCGAAUAGUCCCAUUCACAAUAACAACAACAAUACAUCGUUGCUGAAUAAAAACAAUGCUGUCGCGAACCUGUGCAGCAACAACAACAAUGCGAAUGCCAUCAAUAAUAACAACAACAACACGUGCAGUACAAAUCGCAAUCUGAUGGUGGUGGACGGCGAAUCAUGCUUUCGCAUGGACACCGAUGGGCCGUUCCUGCGCGAAGAGCCCGAUCCGGACAAUAUUAAAAUGUUCGUUGGCCAGGUGCCAAAGUCGAUGGAUGAGGCUCAACUGCGUGCCAUGUUCGAGGAAUACGGGCCGGUGCAUUCGAUAAAUGUGCUGCGCGACAAAGCCACCGGAAUCAGUAAAGGUUGUUGUUUUGUGACAUUUUAUACCCGCCGUGCUGCCUUAAAAGCUCAAGAUGCCCUGCACAAUGUGAAAACUUUAAAUGGGAUGUAUCAUCCCAUACAAAUGAAACCCGCCGAUAGUGAAAAUCGUAAUGAACGCAAACUGUUCAUUGGCAUGCUAAAUAAGAAACUGAACGAAAACGACGUUCGAAAACUAUUUGAAGUCCACGGAGCCAUUGAAGAGUGUACGGUGUUGCGCGAUCAGAACGGCCAGAGUAAAGGGUGUGCCUUUGUGACUUACGCUACCAAGCAUUCGGCGAUAUCUGCGAUAAAAGUAACACUAAAUCAAAACAAGACCAUGGAAGGCUGCACCUCGCCAUUGGUGGUGAAAUUCGCCGAUACCCAAAAGGAAAAGGAACAAAAGAAAAUCCAACAGAUCCAGGCGAAUCUGUGGAAUUUGGCGACGAACAUGAAUAUACCCCUGGGACAGACAGCGACAACGGUCUCGACGCCGGCCAUAAUGCCAAGUACACCGCAACAGGCCAGUCCGGUGUUGGGAGCCGAUGCCAUAACCCCGGCCUCAUUGCAGCUGUUGCAACAAUUGCAAGCAGUGGGUCUGCAACAGCAACUAUUGCAAGGCCUGGGUGCACAAACAAAUACGGCGGACACAACGGCGGCCACAGCAGCGGCUGCUGCCGCCGGUCUACUACCUCCGAUGACUGUACAAAAUUUAGCUGCCCUUGCAGCCAUGACUCAAUCCUCAUUGACGAACACGGCCAACAAUCCGGGCAAUGCUCAAUUGACAAAUACAGCCGCCUUAUUGUGUCUAUUAGGAAAAUCUGCCAAUACAGGGGCUGAUGCCAAUAAUUUCGCAUCGGCUUACAUGUCAACAGCGGCCGGCUUACCACAAUUUGGUAGCACCGCCCUGACCACAUCACCAUUAGCCAGUGUUGCCUUAAGUUCAGCAGCAGCUGCUGCCGCUGGAAAACAAAUUGAGGGUCCUGAAGGCUGUAAUCUCUUCAUAUACCAUUUGCCGCAGGAAUUCACUGACACCGAUUUGGCAUCGACUUUCCUGCCAUUUGGAAAUGUUAUUUCCGCCAAAGUUUUCAUCGACAAACAGACAAACCUAUCCAAGUGCUUUGGCUUUGUAUCAUUUGACAAUCCCGAAUCGGCGCAGGUAGCCAUACGGGCAAUGAAUGGAUUUCAAGUGGGCACCAAGCGCUUGAAGGUUCAACUGAAAAAGCCCAAAGAUGCUUCGAAGCCCUAUUAGAAAAGAACAAA